AUGGGGGGUUCAAGGUUUGUUUUAGAGGAGAACCAGAGAAUGACAUCAAAAAAUGACAAUAAUGCUAGUGUUCCCACUUCCGCUAGUAAUACUCCAAUUACAUUGGAUGACGAUGAAAGUCCCGUGGAGACUAAUUCCGAUCCUUUCGUCCUACCAAUAACUAGUAGGCAUACUUCAGCAGUGUGGUCUGAUUUUAAGAGAAAGAGGGUUGGUGAUGCAGUAAAAGCUGAGUGCAACCAUUGCUCUAAGCUACUUGCCGGUGGGUCGAAAGCAGGGACUACUCAUUUGAAAGAUCAUUUUAAAAUAUGUCCAAAGAGAUUAUGUCAAGAUAUUCGACAAUCAAGAUUGUUUGGUACACAAAAAAACCUGAAUGAUAAGAAUGAAACGAUGACAUUGGCCCCUUAUGAAUUCCACCAAGAAGAUGGAAGAAGAGACUUGGCAGAGAUGAUUAUUUUGCAUGAGUAUCCAAUUAGCAUGGUUGAACAUAUGAGUUUUAGAAAGUAUAGGAAGACACUCCAACCUGGAUUUAAUUAA